AUGUGUUCGAGCCGAUGUUGCUUGUCGGCCCCUUCUGACAAGCCAGGCGCGGAAGAUAAGUCGCCAGCGAGUCCAUCUGCGUUCAGGGAUCAUCCUGAUUUCUCACGAAAUAAUUCCCCUGAGCAGCUGAGGCCUAGAAGUGACCCUGCAAGCACUUCUACCGCUCAGCCCCGGUCAGCAGAUCCUCCUUCAAGAGGAAAUGAAGCUGACAAUGCCACAAACAUCAAGACAUUUUCGCCGCACCACUGCGAUGAAGCCCAAUCUGCGCUUGGGAUUGCUCAGAGGAUCUUUGAACUUGCCAGUCAACGUAUCGAUGAGGAGACGACCUCCGCCAUUCCUGGCUACCAGGCUGGGAUCAAUGCCCAAUCUAAUGUUCCAGUAUCAACAGGUGUGGGGAAUGGCCAACGCAGCUCGAUCUCGUCAAUACUAGAAGGACCAUUUCCCCCCAUACCAAUAUUACACGAUCUGCUGGAAGAGUAUUUCGAUGCCAUACAUUGGUUCUCACUAGCAAUCUACGAACCAAAAUUCCGUCAAAUGCUUGACUCUAUUGCUGAUGGAUCUGCACAUCGCUCACAAAAGCCAUUUCUCCUAUUGUUAGCAGUCAUGCUAGGAAUGGCAUCGUGGUAUCGAUUCCAAAGGAGUGGGACUGAUCUGCCAGAGCAUCGUGACGAAUGGAAGGCGUGGAGUACAGAUUUGCUGAAGCUUGUCGAAUCAAAUAUUGUGGAAGUUAUGGAUCAACCUUCAAUCACAGCCAUCCAAACUUGUAUUCUACUUGGAUCGCAUCAUGUCUACCACGGUCGUCCAAACCUCUCUUUCUCAUUAUUGGGAGCGACAAUCAAAAUGUCCCAGUCUUUAGGGCUGCACCGGCAACCCUCACGAGGAACCCUGGAAGAUAUUGAGGAAAGGAAAAGGAUUUGGUGGACAAUAUAUACGUGGGACAGAUUCGCAUCAGUUACCUAUGGCCGGCCAUUGGGGAUCAAUGACGAAGAUUGCGAUGUUACCAUGCCGGCAGACGUGCUAGAAAACCCGACCUUUGUCACACCCACAUCGGAUCAGGGCAGCUUCGUACUAUAUUCUUCAUACCAGCGGGAGCUGAACCGACUCUACUUGAUUGCAUCUCCAGCCCUCAAGGCUAUUUUCGGCUCACGCACAUUGGAGUUUUCCGAUCAACCGGCGCGAGAUACGUAUUAUGAAUUGGCUAAGAAUGCGACACAGAACCUCCAAAGCUGGUAUGAACGUUUACCCAGCCACUUGUCCUUGGAUCUGGAGCAAGACUUCCAUGCCGAUGGAAAACUAAGAUCGAGGGCAUAUGCGUUACAGUCUUUGUCAUUACAGCUGACCUAUGACAAUGUGCUCAUUGUACUUCAUCGACCUUUGUUGAACCGGCAGGUUGACUUUCUGUCUAUGAAUAAUGAACGAGCAGCUUUCGGCGCAGAGGGCGACAAUCUUGUAGAUCAUUCGAGCAGCAGUGCUUUUGUCAACCGGUCAAUCCUUGAUGCUCUGCCUUCCAAAGCCCAGACCUACAGUUCAGAACUGUGGAUGAAUGCUGCAGUGAGAACGUCAAGGGUAACGGAAUUGCCAGUUCUUGCCCAGCUCGCCACAGACAGCCAUCUUGUCGCCUUUCUCGCUAUCAAUUUAUUCAAUGCUGCGGUCGUGCUUGCUGUGAUGGCUCUUUCAGAGCCUCUUUCCGACACCGCACAGGAAAUCAAGCGAACAAUUACUCGUAUCCUUCGUCUGCAAGACCUGCUUGGCAAGCGCUCUGCACUAUCGAAGCAAAGCACAGCCAUUCUCAAAAACGUCAUCAUUCUUCUUCUCCGCCGUGAAUCCACAACCAUAUUUGCUCCACUGUUCGGUACAAGUCAACGAACACAGGCCCAGUCUCAACAAACUCCGGCAGAAAUCCCUCUUAUGUCUGUGGAAGACACGCUCCGGCUGCCACUCGAUGCCACGCUGGACUCUCCUCAUCUUUUCGGCAGGGACCAAACUCGGCCAGGUCUAAGCAGAGCUCAUCGUCUUAACCAAAGUUUAACAUCUGUCCAACAUGUUCUCGGUACAGGUAAUGACGGACCAUCGAGCAUACCGACAGGCACGGAGAGCCCUGCACGUCGUGUAUACUCUGACCAAGAAAUGCUGCCACGUGGUAAUUGGCAAUUUCCCGCAGAUUAUGAUUGGAAUAUAUUUGGUGGCUCUCAGGACCUUGCACAAGAUAGCCCCAUGGAUAAUAUCGAUGGCGGACUAUGCUGGUUAUGGGAUAUGACAUGGAAUGGGUCUGACAGGUAUGGCGACCAAGUCAGCAUGGAAGAGGGCUCUAAAUCUUCCUCUAGAGCCUCCCAGUCGCCAUUGAAUGCAAAGUACCCGACGGAAGUGUCGAGCCUUUCUCAGCCACACAUCCUCUAUUAG